CCCUGUUUUUUUCUCUCUUCUUCUUUUUGUUCUUUGUUCUCUGUUCUGACCCCUCUUCUCAUUUCAAUUCCUAAAUUUCUCUCAUACCCGAAACUUCAAUUUGCUAGCUUCAUUCCAGACGCCAAUUAGCGGUUAUUGGCGUCUGGUUUGGUUUGUAUCAAGUUUGCCACCAAGGUACAAUAAUAGCAAACGACCUCUCUGUUUGUUAACCAAGAAAAAAUAGAGCAUUCAUUCUUCUUAUUUCUUGCAUUAUUUAUCUUCGUCCCCAAUUGUUUGUGAAUCAUUACCGCUUCAUCUCGCUUCUCAUUUCCUUCUAUGAAGCAAUAAACGAUGAAAGGAAUCAUUCAGGACUUGAAAGGAAGAAAAGAAGUCUAUGGAGAUGACUGGAGCAAUGCAUUCGCCGCUGGUCCCAGGAUAUUCGCACCCAUUGCCUACAUCUUCUUCGCUUCCGCUCUCCCAGUCAUCGCUUUUGGAGAACAACUCAGUCGAGAAACAGAGGGAAGCCUGAGCACGGUGGAGACUCUAGCUUCCACCGCUCUCUGCGGAAUCAUCCAUUCUCUCAUCGGCGGGCAGCCAUUAUUGGUGGUGGGAGUUGCAGAGCCUACCGUCAUCAUGUACAGCUACAUCUACACUUUCGCCAAAAGCUCUGACGCCGUAGGAAAAACUUUGUACCUUGCUUGGGCUGGAUGGGUAUGUGUCUGGACAGCUUUACUGCUCAUUCUCCUCGCCGUCUUCGACGCCUGCAACAUCCUCAACAAGUUCACCAGACUUGCAGGGGAGACAUUUGGGAUGUUAAUCGCAGUUCUUUUCUUUCAACAGGCAAUAAAGGGGAUGGUGGGUGAGUUCAGCCCUCUGGAACACGAGGACGUGAAAUCGCCUGACAACAGCUUCCAAUGGCUAUACGUAAACGGCCUUCUGGGAGUCAUUUUCACAUUUGGAGUUCUCAUCACGGCUCUGAAGAGCAGAAAGGCGAGGUCUUGGGAUUACGGCACUGGAUGGUUUCGUAGUAUCAUCGCUGAUUACGGAGUUCCGUUGGUGGUGAUGGCAUGGGCGGCACUGUCGUUGACAAUCCCGAGCCAAGUACCGGAAGGGAUUCCACGGCGGCUGCAGACUCCCCUGCCUUGGGACCCUGCCUCCAUGGGACACUGGACGGUGUUCCUGGAUAUGGGGAAAGUGCCUCCUGUGUUCAUUCUUGCUGCAUUCAUACCUGCUGUGAUGGUUGCGGGGCUUUACUUCUUCGAUCAUAGUGUUGCUUCUCAGAUGGCACAACAGAAAGAGUUCAAUAUCAAGAAGCCCUCUGCUUACCAUUAUGACAUCCUAAUCCUUGGCAUCACGACUCUAAUCUGCGGAUUGAUUGGCCUCCCUCCAUGUAAUGGAGUACUCCCUCAAUCUCCUAUGCAUACCAAAAGCCUUUCGGUUCUCAAUGGCCAGCUGAUAAGGAAGAAGAUGGUGAAAACAGCCAAGGAAAGCAUGAUGCAGCAUGACAGCAAGUCGAAAGUCUACGGCAAAAUGGAAGAGGCUUUUGUUCGAAUGGAUGGGACUGCAACUCCAUCUGCGGCGAAGGAGUUAAAGAACUUGAAAGAAGCGGUGAUGAGCAAAGAUGGUAGCGAAAGUAGCUUCGACCCAGAGAAGAUAGACGCUUACUUGCCUACUAGGGUGAUCGAGCAGAGGUUUAGCAACUUCAUGCAGUCUUUGCUCGUUGGUCUGUCUCUGAUGGCGAUACCUGUGAUCAAGAAGAUACCGACUUCGGUCCUGUGGGGGUAUUUUGCCUACAUGGCGAUCGACAGUCUUCCUGGAAACCAGUUCUGGGAGAGAAUCGUUCUGCUUCUCAUUUCUCCCGCUAGACGCCACAAGAUUUUGGAAAGGCCACACGCAUCGUUCGUGGAGACGGUCCCCUUCAAGGAGACAUCCAAGUUCACUAUCUUCCAGUUGGUCUAUUUCCUGAUAUGCUUCGGAGUAACGUGGAUCCCCGUCGCGGGGAUCCUAUUUCCCCUGCCUUUCUUCUUCCUGAUAAGCAUCAGGGAGAAGAUCCUACCCAAAUUCUUCCAACCCCUUCACUUGAAAGAGCUCGACGGAGUCGAGUACGAAGAGAUUGAAGGCGACCCGCUCCGCACUCGUUCGAUGUCGUUGAGGAGGAUCGAUUCGAGAGAAGGCGGGCCUGGAUUUGAUUCACAAGAGGCUGAGGUGUUUGAUGAGUUGACGACCGGAAGGGGCGAGUUGAGGCUGAGAUCUACGAGCGUUUAUCCUGGGAACUUCUUGGACGAUUAACAAUGGCGGGGGAUGAAGCUUUUUGAUGGGGGAGAAGAGAGGUGGGGAAUUCAUGUGACAGAGUUGUUGGAUAGCGAUCGAAGAAGAAGAGACUGAAGGCAGAGGAAGAGAAUAGCUGAGAAUGUUGUUGUAAAUUAAAUCUUGUUGUAUCAUCUGAAAGAGAGAUUACUAGAAGAUCUAGGAAUUCAAGUGCAGACAUUUAUAUGAAUCCAUCUAUGUUAUACAAUGCCAGAAUUAUGCAAAUAUUCAAAUCAAGAUUAGCUUUUUGAUAGAUAAAUACCCAAUUUGUGUGUUACUCAGAUGAUUUUUCCUUUCUAAC